GGUGCAGCUUCCUGGGGAAGGAGCUCCCAGUUCAAGUGACGCAGACAGACACGAGAUCGUAAAGAAAGAGCUACCCCUCCCUAGCUGAUCUUCACCUCUGUUCUUUCUCUUUCACCUCUCCCUCUUCCCUUCUCUUCCUCACGACAGCCACUGCCAGUCACCAAACUUUCCCCAUCCAAUUCACAUUCCUCUCUAAAUCAGUCACAAUGAGUGCAAUCGCUGACAGCACUGAUGGCCCUUCUGAGGUCGUCAAGGUGCUGUUCGCCCUCUUUCCUGGCUACAACACGCUCGACGUGGCCGGUCCUCUCGAGAUCCUCAGUCGCUCUCUCCACAACGCCAAAGACAAGUCCAGCAAAGCUUUCGAGUGUCAGUUCGUUGGCACCGCAGCUGCUAUGACAUCUGUCCAGGGCCUCACUAUCAAGGCUGACAUGGACUACGGAGAUGCCAAUGACGAGCUUGAUGACUUUGAUGUCAUCAUCAUUCCUGGCGGCGAGGGUGUCUUUGAGGUGCUCAAGAACAAGUCCGAGCCCCUUGAUCUUCUCACCAAAUACGUUGAGCUCCAGGAGAAGAGCCCUGCCAAAGAGCGGACCAUCCUCGCCAUCGACGUCGGCGCUCUUCUUCUUGCCCAACAAGGUAUGCUUGAGGGUCUUGCGGCCACCACUCACCCGGACUACUACGUUCGUCUCGAGACGCUCUGUCAAGACGCUGCCAGGCGGGACAUGUCCAUGCGUACCGACGUCAUGGAGGAGCGAUACGUUGUGAAUAACGCACGAUUCGAUCUGGGCGAGAACCCUGACGAUAACCCAUACAUCAUCAAGAAAUCCCGCGAAGGUGCGACUGAGGGUACCAACACACAACACGGUCGUCGAAAGUCGAUUGCUCGCAAGGGCAGCAACGCCUUCCGCGAUUCUCGUCGUCGCGAGUCCAUUGCCAGGCGUGCAUCCAUGCCUCUUGGCGGAAUGCGUAUCAUCACUACUGGCGGCGUCACUGCAGGUCUGGAUGCCAGUCUGUACUUGGUGGGUUCUUUGGCCUCUCACGAAUCGGCUCUUGAAGUCGCUCGCGUUAUGCAGUAUACUUGGAUCAAGGGCGUUACGGUCGACGCGAUUGAUGUUUGAGCAGAUGCUCCGGUGCUAUUUAGCGAUGGCGUUCACGACGAAACAGUUGAUAUAUGAUCGGGCGAGAUCAUUCACGGACUAUCAGCAGCCUGAAAGCUCCAUAUCGACUUGAUGUAAAGUAACGAAGAUACUCCCAC